AUGCAGCCUGACAGCUCUGUGCUGCGUCACAUGUUGGUAAACUCGAUCCUGACGCAGUUCCACGACAACCAGGGUCACUACGGUCAGGGAAUCUGCCAGCGUGAGAUCAGUAAGCACUUCUACUGGAGCAGCAUGACCCGGGACCUGGCCCGCUGGAUCUCCAGCUGCCACACCUGCCUCAACAGGACCAAGAGGAAGUGGCUCCGCUGCAGCGUCUACAAUUGCACCAACUGCUGCGGGCCGGUGGAGAGAGGCCUGGGCCUGACCUUCCAUAAGUUUCCUCUUCACAACGCCGCCCUGCUGGCUCAGUGGUUGAAGGCCGUCGGCCGUCACAACUGGCAUCCUCGGCUCCGCUCGUCAGUGUGUUCGACGCAUUUCACGGAGGACUGCUUCGACCGCAGCGGAGACAAAGUCGACAUCCACCCAGACGCUGUGCCGUCACUCCUGGUCCACGACUCAACAACUCAGUCCAAAAGUCCAAACCAGCCUGCUGCAAUGGAAGAGGCCUAUUUCGCUAAGUACGAUGCGGUGGAGCGCUACCUAGGCAGACGCAUUUAUCCUCCUGGACUGAGCUACGUGGAGAAGAACACGUUCAGGAGGUUCUGCAAGAAGUUUGUAAUCAAAGACGAUAAGCUCCACAUAACGAGGGGAGAUCGGGUGCGUUUGGUUCUGAGGAGCAGACAGCAGGUGGAAACGGCCCUGACAGACUACCACAACGAGCUGAACCACCUCGAUGCCAACAAGUGUCUCAGACUGCUCAACGAGAGGUACUUCUGGAAGACGAUGAGGCCAGAUGUGGUGCAGUGGAUCGACGGCUGCUCGCAGUGCAGCAGGAAGAGGAGGAAGAAACCCAACGAGCAGAUGGAGGGAGGAGGGAUGGAGAUGCAGCUGGAGGGACUGAGAUCACCACAGAUACACAACUACAUGGACAGUGAGAAUGAUGACUACUAUGAUGAUGAUGAUGGUGGAGGAGGAGGAGGAGAUGAUGAUGAAGGUGGAGGGAGUGACGGUGACUCAGAGAUGCAGCCAGCAGUGAGUUCAGAGGACAGAGUGUCUGUGACUCCCGUUAACUCCGAGCCCAGAAUCCCGAUCCUCCUCCGUCUCAGGACUCCCAUCAAACUUCCUCCCAGAACUCAGAACAACCGCUUCGUGACGAGGAUCUGGUCCGUGAACAGAGUCAACGCCUCUCAGUCCGAAGCCCAGACGCAGUCGAACGGCUCCAAAGGUCCUCCACAGGGUCAAAGCGGAGCCCUGAAACCUGAGCAGGAGGACGAAGAGGAGGAGGAAGAGGAGGAGCAGAAACAGACUCAAGAGCAGGAGAUUCAGAUUCAACCUGAGGGACUUGAAGGCACCACGACCAAAACACCACUUCCUGUUCCUGAGCCGCAAACACAACAGAAACCCCAACAAGCCACGAGCAAGUCUCAGCUCCGAAAGACCCAAUCGCACUUAUCGUCUCAACCUCAACGCGCUGUCGUUCAGCGGCUGGCGAAGAGGAGGAGGGGGAGGGACCCGGAGGCGGACUCUUCAAAUAAAAGGAGUUCAAGCUGUGGUCUGGAGCCCGUAGUGGCCCCCAGCACCAAACCCUGGCCCGUCUUCACCAUCGCUGGCUCUGCUCAGACACAAACAGCCAAACUAUCUUCUGAGGUGAACAGUGCUGCUUCCAGUCGGAGGUCCAAGAGGCUUCAGGCUCGGACGGUGAUCCAGCAGUGCAGUCAGGCCAAAGUCAAGAUCAGACCGGCGCUGGACGGAGCCGACGCUCAGUGGGCCGAGAUCCAUGAAGGGAUCGUUGUUUAUGUUUGUUUCUUCCACGGAGCCACAGAGGACAUCACAUAUGAAAUGGCAAACAGUCUGAUGACAACGAAAUUCUUCCGAAAAGACUCUGGACACACCGUCUCCGUUCUGGACCUUCCCGGCAGCGUGUUAUUAAUCCCUCAGGAGUCUCUGAUCGGGGAGCUGGUUCCCAGGAGACGGAUGCAGUAUAAAGGCGGCUGUGAGCUGUGGUGGGGAGCCCAGCUGUUCUCCAACCUGGUGUCCUCCUGCAGGGAGUUCAUGUCCGAGUCGGCGAAGUGCACCAAGGCGGGCGUGAAGGUGGAGCAGGGCGUCUACGGACAGAAACAAGAGAUCGUCCUGAACUCAACGGAGCCACUGACUGUCCUGCUCGAGUUCUGAGCUUCAUCGGAGAGUCUGACCUGGACUUUAACUAACUGGACUUUUAUUUUGGACUUUUCUUUUACCUUCUGAUAAAAGAGCGGGUUCUUUUUUUUUUAUAAGUCUGUCUUAAUUAAUACAACACUUUUAUGUACAUUGAAAUAAGUCUGUAAUUUCCUACUUUCCCUGCUGACCCUGAAGCUCUCUUUAAAAACGAGCCAACGCUGUAAAAAAUGAAGGGGGUUAAAUCCACAGACCUCGCUCUGAAGCUGUUCCUUUAACCUUUGUGUCGUCCUCGCGGGUCAAAUUGACCACGUCUGUUUUGACUGUUCCUUCUUUCCUCCCUUCCUUCUGUCCUUCCUCCCUCCCUCCUUCUCUCUUUCUUUCCUCCUUUCCUUCUUUCCUUCCUCCAUCCCCCCUUUUUCCUUCCUUCUGUCCUUCCUUCCUCCCUCCCUACU